GCAAGGGUCAGCAGUAAGUGACAAUCAAGUGCAACUAUCAGAGUCAAGAGAGUGGGGAGUCUCACAAUGAUGAACCGGAUGAGAGAUAAAAACUUUCCUCUACAGUAGCGCAAGUGAUCUUGCCGUUCUAACAUGUGGAUAAUAUGGCUGGCCUGUUUAUAUUAUUUAUCAAACAACGUGACCGCCGUUCACAGUUACGAAAGGAUAAAACAUGACGCAUUCCAGCACACUUUGGGUCACCUUAAACCCCGCACACCGCCAGAUGUACAGGCUGAAGCGGCAAAGGAAGUAAUACGAAGGCUUUUAGGGGAUGCGUACAAAUUAUUCCCCGUUUCUGUCGAUCCCAGUAUUGGACCUGUCGGAAAAGACACUUUUCACGUAUUCAAGAAUACCUUGGGUCAAAUCGAGAUUAUUGGAACAACCGGAGUCGCUGCGGUUUGGGGCUUCCACUAUUAUGUAAAGAAUUUUUGCAAUGCCCACAUUGCAUGGGAAGAAUCGCAUGUCAAGUUGCCAAACUCUCUUCCUGAUGUCGACAUAAAAAUUACUUCCAACGAUCGUUUCCGCUACUACCAAAACGUAUGUACAGCCGGCUACAGCACCGCAUGGUGGGAUUGGCCGAAAUGGGAGAAACACAUCGACUGGAUGGCAUUGAACGGGAUAAACUUAGCACUGGCUUUUCAUGCUCAAGAAGCGAUCUGGGAACGAGUUUACACUAAAUUGAAUCUGACGAGACACGAUAUUGAUGAACAUUUUGGAGGACCGGCGUUUCUCCCUUGGGCCAGAAUGGGAAACAUACGUGGCUGGGGCGGACCGCUGACUUCUGCGUGGCACAAACAUACAGUCGAGCUUCAGCACAAGAUUUUAAAUAGAAUGCGAGAGCUUGGAAUCAUUCCUGUGCUACCCGCCUUCUCAGGACAAGUGCCGAGAGCAUUUAGCCACCGCUUUCCUACUGCAAAUUUUACUGAGUUUGGGCCAUGGAAUAGAUUCAACGAAAAAUACUGUUGUCCCUUUUUACUACUGCCAAGUGACCCGCUGUUUAGAACGGUCGGAUCUAUGUUCCUAUCUGAGUACAUUCAAGAAUUUGGUACAGAUCACGUCUAUAACUGUGAUACCUUCAACGAGAACGAGCCGCCAAAAAGUGAUCUUGAUUUUCUGAGUGGAAUCAGUCGCUCAAUUUACUCGACUAUUACUGACGUCGAUCCAGAAGGCAUAUGGAUCUUACAAGGUUGGUUGUUCCUGCACGAAUUACCUUUUUGGACAAAUGCAAGAGUAGAAGCUUUUCUAACGGCCGUUCCCAUAGGAAAGUUGAUUGUGCUGGAUCUUCAGUCGGAACAAUUUCCGCAGUACAAAAGACUGAGUUCAUAUUACGGGCAACCGUUCAUUUGGUGUAUGCUUCACAAUUUUGGUGGUACUCUUGGACUAUUUGGAUCCGCCGAGAUAAUUAAUCAGCGAGUAUUCGAAGGAAGAAAUAUGAAGAACAGUACAAUGAUCGGAACAGGAUUGGCACCAGAAGGCAUUAACCAAAACUACGUCAUGUACGAUUUGAUGAACGAGAUGGCUUAUCUUCGAAAUCCUGCUGAUCUUAAUGCUUGGUUCGAGAGGUACGCUGCCAGGAGGUACGGCGUUUGGAACGAAUACGCGGUGCAGGCGUGGCAGAAAUUAAGGGUAUCAGUCUACAGUUUUAGUGGUCUGGAAAGAAUUCGUGGAAAAUACACGAUCACGAGACAUCCCAGUCUUAAAAUUAGCCCUUGGACAUGGUACGAUACUGAAAUAGUGUUAUCUGCAUGGGAUGAUAUAGUGAAAGCUAGACACGGUCGUAGAAAUAAUACUUUCUAUCAACACGACGUAGUCGAUGUGACUAGGCAGGCACUGCAACUCAGCGCGAACACGUUGUACCUGAACAUACUAACUGCCGUGAAGCACAAGAAUAUCUCUCAGCUUCGGGAAAACUCCAAGCUAUUCGCUGAACUGUUUGACGAUCUGGAAAGAAUAUUGGCAUCGAAUAAGGACUUCUUGUUGGGCACGUGGCUUCAGGAUGCAAAGUCUCUAGCGACUGAUGAAAAGGAGAAAAAACUGUACGAGUUCAAUGCUAGAAAUCAGAUCACUCUCUGGGGUCCGAGAGGCGAAAUUCGAGAUUACGCGAACAAACAGUGGUCAGGAGUUGUUGCUGAUUACUACAAGCCUAGAUGGGUUGUUUUGCUAAACGAGCUGGAAACUUCUCUCGCCAAUGGGACACCGCUGAAUUCAACAGCGGUCGAUUUCAAAAUAUUCAAUCAAGUCGAGCAGCCGUUUACAUUAUCGAACAAGAUCUACCCAGUGACUGCAAAUGGAGACAGUAUUGAGAUUGCUGUAGAAUUGAACAAAAAAUGGAGAAAGAUAAAACCGUCAUCAGCGAUAAGGGUCACCGGGAAACGCAUUUUCGGGAACACCAUAUCGAAUCGUAGAGCGCGGAACAGGGUCAAAAUUAUGACGAGUAUGAAAUUGAUGGUAGCAUGGAGGAAUUGAGUCUUAUACAUUAUAGGUAUAUACAAUAAUUUUAUUUAUACAACAAACGGUUACUUAAUAUUAGGUAUAUAUUCCGGGUACACACAAUAAAUGUCAUGACAUUUGAAACAAUUACACAUUUACACAUGUAUAUAAAUGUUGCGUCUUAUGAUUAUAUCCAAGUCACAGAAUAUAAAUGCCGCGAAGAAAUCUUUGUUGAUGUAUGUAUGUACAUACACUACGCCGCCGAGGUCUAAAUACCACGUGCAGUUUAACAAUCAUGAACGAAAACGGAAAUACAAAAAGAAUAAAAGUAUUUCC